AUGCGAUCCUGGUAUGGAAGGGGUCGGUCCCUGCAGGUGGCUGUCACGGCUUGCUGUCUGGUGGCUUUCAUCUUGUUCGGUUAUGAUCAGGGUGUGUUUAGUGGCAUUGUCGGCAACGACGAUUGGAGGAAACAGUUCAACUACCCCAAUGACUCGGAAGAAGGAAUCAUUGUCAGUUGUUACAACCUGGGUUGUCUCCUGGGAUGUUUGGUCAAUUUCUUCAUCGGCGAGACGCUUGGUCGCCGCAGGACUAUCUGGGUCGCUAUGGGCGUGGUCAUCGUCGGUGCAGUCCUGCAGACCACGGCUUUCACGGUGCCGCAUUUGAUCAUUGGAAGACUGGUGACUGGUGCGGGCACCGGUCUGAAAACGAGUACUGUCCCUAUGUACCAAGCUGAGAUGUGUGAAGGCAAGACUCGAGGACGGCUCAUCUCUUCUGAGGUUCUUUUCACGGCCGUGGGAAUCGUCGUCGCAUACUGGUUUGACUUUGGCAUGUCGUUCGUGGGCGGUCCCAUCGCCUGGCGUCUCCCGAUUGCGAUGCAAAUCGUAUUUGCUAUCUUUGUAAUUGGUCUGGUAUUCGGUUUGCCCGAAUCCCCUCGCUGGCUUAUGAAUCAUGGCCAAGAGCAAGAGGCAAUGGAAGUCCUCUGUGCUGUUUAUGACAAAGAGCCAGAUGAUGAGUUCAUCGUCAAUGAGCGCAGGGGAAUCCUGUCUGCCAUCGAAAUGGAAGAUGCAGUCAACAAGCAGUCGAUCUGGAAGAUUUUCCGCAACGAUGAAGUCAAGACUGGUCAGCGUGUGCUUCUCGCGUGGGGCAUUCAGCUCAUGAACCAGGUUGGAGGAAUCAACCUUGUUGUCUACUUCGUGCCCACUGUUCUCAAGAGAAACGUCGGUCUAUCGAGUCAGCUCUCUCAGAUUCUCGGCGGUUGCAUCCAAAUCAUGUUCAUGCUCGGCUCCCUGCUCCCGGCCUUCAAGCUUGACAGCAUGGGACGCCGCAAAACAAUGAUGAUCGGCUCCUUUGGACUGGGAGUCUGCAUGAUGAUGGUAGCAGCCCUUCUAUCUCAAGUCCACCAACCAAACGGAACAAACUACGCCUCCGCCUCCGUCGCCUUCUUCUUUCUCUAUAUGCUUAUCCACGGCAUGUCCAUCAACUCCGUGCCGUGGGUGUACGUCCCCGAGAUUCUUCCCCUUGAAGCGCGAACAAAGGGUACCGCUAUUGGCGUCAGCUCGAACUGGUUGUGGAAUUUCACGGUUGUCAUGAUAACGCCGGUCAUAAUUAACCGUAUUCAGUGGAAGGCAUACCUGAUCUUCAUGGUUACGAAUUUCCUUUUCAUUCCCAUCAUCUACUUCUUCUAUCCCGAGACCAGCAAUCUCCGUCUGGAAGAUAUUGACUUGAUCUUUUCACGGGGUGGGAACCCCGUUGAUCAGGCAAGGAAAAUGGCGCAUGAGAUUAAGCUCUAUGGAGAUAUUCAGGCUGAGCAGGAUGAGAAGGCUGCCAGUAGUGUUGGUGUGGAGCGUGUUUGA